UUAAUUCAUUCAUUCGUUGCCCGCAUAAUAAAGACGAUGAUUCGGAUUCGGUGAGCUGUUUCUUGACGAAAUGGUGAGAGAUUAAAAGCACGAUGCCAGCAGCCAAGAACCGUUUAUUGUUAAUUCUUGUUCACAUGUGAACAUUGUGACGUGCAUUUUCUACACACCAACACGGAGAGAUACGAAUAAUCUUCUAUGUUAUAAAUUAAAUUAAUUUCUUAUUUCAUUGAUUGGUAUGAAGUGGUUGACUUUCUGGAACUCCAUAUCUAUCCUCUUGUUGCCUUUGGCUUUCUUCUUCUAUUCUCACACAUACCCAUCUUCUCCUUCCCUCAUGGCUGAACAAACUUCCAAAUCCAUUUACGAUUUCACUGUCAAGGACAUCCGUGGAAAUGAUGUGAGUCUGAAUGAUUACAGCGGCAAGGUUCUACUGAUUGUGAAUGUUGCCUCACAAUGUGGUUUGACUCAGACAAAUUACAAAGAAUUGAAUGAAUUGUAUGAGAAGUACAAGGAUCAAGGAUUUGAAAUCUUGGCAUUUCCAUGCAACCAGUUUGCUGGACAGGAACCAGGAACCAAUGAAGAAAUUCAGGAAGUUGUUUGCACAAGGUUCAAAGCGGAAUUUCCGAUCUUUGAUAAGGUUGAAGUCAAUGGGAAGAACGCAGCACCACUUUACAAGUUUUUAAAGGAUCAGAAAGGGGGAAUAUUUGGAGAUGGUAUCAAGUGGAACUUCACAAAGUUCUUGGUAAACAAAGAAGGGAAGGUUGUGGAUAGAUAUGCACCUACCACCUCACCUCUGAAAAUCGAGAAAGACAUCCAGACUGCCUUGAAAUCUUGAGUACUGAGAGUUGAUUCUAUAGAAUAUGUAAUGUUGCAGAGGACACAGGCAAUCUGUCCGGUGCUUUCGAAGGACAAGUAGCAGUAUGUUAUGCCCUGGAAAAUUCUUAAUAUAUCUCGUGUAUUUGGAUUGUUCAAUAAGAGUAUAAAUUGAUAUUCUCACUCUGUAACCAAAACCAUAAAAUAAUAUAUUUGGAUGCAUGUUUAUGUUAUUCUGCAUGGCUUAAUGUA